GAAGAUUCCAAAAGUGAAAAACGUCGUAUUCAAAAAGAAUCUCAUAUCAUUUGCGAACCAUGAAGUCAACAUCUUGGCCUGUUAUCCGGAGUUCCAAACACGUUUAAUCAUGCUGGAUGGCGAAAUGCGACGUCUGAGCAUCAGCUGCUUCCAGAGGUGUGAUCUCGAUCGGUCGUUCAUCGAUUGGGCGUACAGGCUGCUGGAGCAGUCCGUCCAGCCGCGUUUUAAGACUUUCGGAUUCAGAUGGAGUAAAGUAGAAACCCGGAAAGAGCUAGGCAAAAAGCGGAGCCGCUAUCUGGUGGUAAUGGACCGGGGCUCGGUUCCGUUGGGCUUUGCCUUGUACAACUUCGAAGUAGAGAGCGGCCAGGCGAUGCUUAACUGCAGUUGGAUCGUGCUUAAGGAACGAAUCCGUGGACAAGGACUGGGUAGCCAUCUCAUCACGGCAUUGGAAACCAUCGCCAGGCACACUCAAAUGGAGGCGAUCAUGAUUGCGCUACCCCGGCAGGAUACGUUGAGCAUCAAUCUCUUCAUUGAUCUGAACUUCCAGCUCGACAAGAGAACAGCUCCCGGUGCCCUGUACGUGGUUCUUAGCAAACCGACCUUACCGGUCGAGCCGCCACAGGAUGCUGACGAAACAACGAAACCAGCAUAAAG